AAAUGCGGUGACUACUGCAACUGUUCAGUCUCCAUUUACAAAGCCUUCCUUCGCCCGCCGCCGGCUCAGCCUCAAAAGCUGCCCUAUAAGCAAUCCGCUACCGCAGUGCUGGCGCUUACUUUCUCUUCCCUAAAACACCACAUCACAAUCGAGAACAGUUCCAGCUUGACAUAGGCACCAGUCAUUACACAUAAUUUGCCCCUCGUGGCUAUCUGAAGCAUGUCUGUCAUAUCUGGCAUUGUGUCAAGCGUCCUGGAAAGGACAAAGCUCGCAGCUCUCGGAAACGUCGAACUUCCUUUCGUGGAUGAUGAACCGCUUGCAGCCACUAAGGUAGAUGACAGUGCCGUAGGAAAAUGUGAGCUACGAAUAGAGGGAAUGACGUGCGGCGCAUGUGUAGAGUCUAUCGAAGGCAUGCUUAGAUCGCAAGCUGGCAUACAUUCAAUCAAAGUUGCACUUCUUGCUGAAAGAGGUGUGGUCGAGUAUGACCCCUCAAUAUGGACACCAGAGAAGAUUGUCAAUGAAAUUUCAGACGUAGGAUUUGAUGCCACUGAAAUACCAAUGGCGCGGUCUGAUAUGGUUACACUACGGAUAUACGGCAUGACCUGCGGUUCAUGCACAUCAACUGUGGAAUCUGGCAUACGCGGGACGCCAGGGGUCACUAGCGUCGCCGUCUCACUCACCACCGAGACCGCCAAGAUAGAAUUUGAACCCAGUCUCGUCGGCCCUCGGGAAUUGGUCGAACGCAUAGAAGAUAUGGGUUUCGAUGCAAUAUUGUCAGAUCAAGAAGACGGCACGCAACAACAGUCCCUUGCCCGAACCAAGGAGAUCCAAGAGUGGGCCAGCCGCUUCAAAUGGGCGCUCACAUUCGCAGUGCCGGUUUUCUUCAUCAGCAUGAUCGCGAAUCACAUACCAUUCAUCCAACCUUUCAUUAAUCUUCAUCUAUUCAACGCUAUCUAUCUCGGCGAUCUUAUCCUUCUUGCUCUUACGACUCCUGCACAAUUCUGGGUCGGUCAGAAGUUCUAUCGAAAUGCAUUUAAAGCACUUAAACAUGGUACCGCAACCAUGGACGUCUUGGUUAUGAUCGGAACCUCCGCGGCUUAUUUUUAUUCCUUAUUUGCCUUACUCUUUGCGGCAUUCAACACCACACCUGACUACCGACCUUUUAUCUUCUUCGACACAAGUACUAUGCUCAUCAUGUUCGUAUCUCUCGGGCGCUAUCUCGAGAACCGCGCAAAGGGCAAGACGAGUGCUGCUCUGACAGAUCUCAUGGCCCUCGCACCAACAAUGGCCACGAUCUACACGGAUUCUCCAGCAUGUACGCAAGAGAAACGGAUUCCUACGGAGCUGGUGCAAGUAGGGGAUACUGUCAAACUUGUCCCCGGGGAGAAAGUGCCUGCUGACGGAACGGUCAUCCGAGGAUCAUCCACUGUGGAUGAAAGCGCCGUCACAGGCGAACCGGUUCCGGCUUUGAAACAGCCUGGAGACAGCGUCAUUGGGGGCACCGUCAACGGCCUCGGGACUUUCGACAUGCUCGUGACCCGUGCAGGCAAGGACACAGCGCUCGCACAGAUUGUCAAACUCGUCGAAGAAGCACAGACGUCCAAAGCGCCAAUCCAGGCAUUCGCGGACCGUGUUGCAGGCUUCUUUGUUCCCGCCGUCAUCUCGCUCGCAGUACUCACAUUCGUUACGUGGAUGAUCGUCUCUCAUGUCAUGAGCGAGGAUAGACUGCCAGCAAUGUUCCAACGGCAUGGCGCGAGCCGGCUAGCAGUUUGUUUGCAGAUGUGCAUAUCAGUGGUGGUGGUUGCAUGUCCGUGUGCUCUGGGACUGAGUACACCGACUGCCAUCAUGGUUGGCACGGGUGUAGGCGCGAAGAACCAGAUCUUUAUCAAGGGUGGUAGGGCGCUCGAGGCCAGCCGGUUCAUUAAACGGAUUGUGCUGGACAAAACAGGUACCGUGACGCAAGGGAAGCUCACUGUGGCGGGUAUGGCAUGGGUGCCCCCACGCGAUUCCUCUGAGUUCUUACCUGAUGACAAUGUCGGCGCUCAAUCUUUGUCAUUCAAAUGCGCCGACGGCACAACUACUCGCGCAACUGUCAUAGCAAUGGUUGCUGCGACGGAGGGCAAGUCCGAGCACCCUCUGGCGAAAGCCAUCGCUGCUCAUGGCAAGAGUCUUCUUGCCGGCGCCGAUGUCCAAUCACCAGCAUUAGACAUGAAGUCUUUCGAGAGCGUGACUGGCGCUGGCGUGAAAGCCCUCAUCACAUCAUCUGGUUCCAACUACACUUUAUACAUCGGAAAUGCGCGGUUCAUCGCACAAUCCGACAGUGCGCAGCUGCCUUCCGUUUUGACGAAUUACGAGGCACAAGAGAGCAAGCUCGGUCGCACGGUGAUCUUCGUUUCUUCGUCUCGGGCAUCUUCUGCUCCGUUGCCCCUGCUUGCAGUUUCUUUGUCGGACGCUCCCAAGCCCUCGUCUGCGCAGGCAGUCAAGGCACUACAGGCCAUGGGCAUUGAGGUGAACAUGAUGACGGGUGAUGGGAUGGUCACAGCGCUGGCGGUUGCCAAACAAGUGGGAAUCAAAUCCGAAGGCGUUUGGGCCAACAUGAGUCCCAAAGGCAAGGCGUCCCUUGUUACGGAUCUUAUGAACCAAGGCAAUGGUGGUGUUGCAAUGGUCGGUGACGGCAUCAAUGACUCGCCCGCCCUGGUAGCUGCCACAGUCGGUAUCGCACUGUCCUCGGGAACCUCCGUAGCCAUCGAAGCUGCCGACAUCGUUCUCAUGCGCUCUGAUCUCCUGGACGUCGUCGCUGCGCUCCACCUUUCGCGCAGCAUCUUUUCGACGAUCCGGCGGAAUCUCGUUUGGGCGUGUAUAUAUAAUGUGCUUGGGAUCCCACUCGCGAUGGGUGUAUUCUUGCCCUUUGGGCUGUAUAUGCACCCGAUGCUGGCAGGUGCCGCGAUGGCGUUCUCGUCGGUGAGCGUAGUGACGAGCUCACUGAUGCUGCGAUGGUGGCGACGACCGGUGUUGAGCGUGAUGCCCGGGGAGACGGUGCAUGGGGAGACGUUGUUUGAGAGCGGGAGGAAUGCGAUGGACGACAUGUGGGAUUCGGUGAGGGGAAUGGUGAGGAGGCGGAAGGUGGAAGAGGGGUAUAGCCAGCUUCCGAUGGAAAUGUCGGAGAGUGUUUGAGUAUGAUGGGGUUUUGUUGUAUGUAUACUUGAUGUAUACCUAGUCUCUCUCGGUGAUUGCGCAAUGCGCAUCAUGGUUAUCUUAUUUCAGUUAAUACUGUGUACCCUUAGAGUUCCGGUGCGCUGGAUAAAAACAUUCAGUCCUUCGGCUGUGUAUGUACUCUUGGUCAUACAUAUAUAGCGUUUGAGCCUGC